AUGCGCAACGCCAAACCCCUCAAACGUGGCGAAGGCGACAAUGACGAUGAUGAUAAUGACGACGACGACGACGACGACGACGACGACGACCAUGAAGACGCCGAUGAUGGUGAUGAUGAUGAUGAUGAUGAUGCCAACGUGCACAGGAACACGCGCACCAGGGCAGGUAGACGGGGCAAGCGUAACAAGCGUGCACUCUCACCAGAAGCGCUAUCGACAGGCGAAGACAGUGAAGAACAUGAAGAAGACCCGAUGCCUCCGCAUCGUUCGUACAGUUUCCGUGCUCGGAAAAAAGUAAACUAUUCUCUCCUACCCGCACCGCCCGAACCACUUCGCGAUGGCUUCGGCCGUCGAAUCCGUCGUGGCUCUCGGAGCGCUAGUCAUGGCUCAUCAAGAGCCAUUCACCGCGAUCAAGAUACGUCAAACACUGUGUCACACGAACGAUCCUCGCAAGUAACGAGUCUUCCUCACUCAAGUUUGCCCCGUUCCAUGCAGCAGCAUAUUGGAUGGGACCCAAUGGUGCAAAUGAACUACGCAAAUUCUCUAGUUGAUGCAAUGGACAGUUCGGAUGACGAGCCCGCGCGCGCUUCAGGCCUGCAAAACAUCCCUGGAUCCAACCUGCAUGCUUCAUCGGCAAGUGCAUUGCUUGGAAAUGGCCCAGCGCCUACGACAGGUGCUGUCACAUCCUCAACAGACACGUUCGGCCGUCUAUUACGCGAGAAAGACACGCUGGCUGACGUUGAUCCUCUUGGCGUGAACAUGGACGUUGAUUUUACACAGAUCGGUGGCUUAGGAGAUCACGUACAGCGACUGAAGGAAAUGGUCAGCCUUCCUUUGCUGUACCCCGAAGUCUUCCAGCGUUUUGGCGUGACACCACCUCGUGGCGUCCUAUUUCAUGGGCCGCCAGGGACAGGAAAGACGCUUGUGGCGCGUGCUCUCGCUGCCUCUUGCUCGACAAAUGACCAAAGCAUCCACUUUUUCAUGCGGAAAGGAGCAGAUUGCCUGUCUAAAUGGGUCGGUGAAGCUGAACGGCAACUGCGCCUGCUGUUCGAAGAAGCCAAGCGUUGCCAACCUAGUAUUAUUUUCUUCGACGAAAUCGAUGGCCUCGCGCCAGUUCGCUCGAGCAAGCAAGACCAAAUUCAUGCAAGUAUUGUCAGCACUCUCCUAGCAUUGAUGGACGGCAUGGAUGGACGCGGACAAGUCGUAGUGAUCGGUGCAACGAACCGACCUGACUCUAUUGACCCAGCGCUGCGACGACCCGGUCGCUUUGAUCGCGAAUUCUACUUUCCACUUCCGUCACAUGUUGCACGUCGUUCGAUCCUUGACAUUCACACGCGUCGCUGGGAUCCGCCCCCUGACGACCAGUUGAAAGAGGUGCUUGCAAGUGCCACCAAUGGGUUUGGUGGUGCAGAUUUGCGUGCACUUUGUACAGAGGCAACAUUAAAUGCUAUCCAGCGUCGAUACCCCCAAAUCUAUCAAACGAAUGAGCGACUCUUACUUGCUCCAGAAACCAUUCAGGUGAAUGGCCAAGACUUUAUGCUUGCUCUUGAAAAUAUGGUGCCAGCAUCUGCUCGUUCGUCAGGGACGACGUGCGCACCGCUACCUACACACCUUACUCCAUUGUUGGGCGAAGCUCUAUCGACUUGUAAACAUACGUUCCAGCGUCUCUUGCCCACACGAGCCAAGCGGAGCGCCUUGGAAGAAGCGAUGUACGAGAUGGAUGCCUAUGACGCACAGGAGUGCUCUGCCUCCGUGCUACUUGAACGCGAGCUCCUGCAACAAUCGUUUGUUCAAGCGCAAGUCCAUCGCCCUCGUCUAAUUCUGCACGGCGCCUCAGGAUUAGGGCAACGCAUUCUGGCGGAAGCUCUUUUGCAUUCAUUGGAAGGUUAUCACAUUCGCACGAUCUCAGCGACUCUCUUACUGGGUGAUAGCUCACAAACGCCUGAGGCUGUGCUUGUCCAUCAAUUUCAAGAAGCGAAACGCCUUGUUCCUAGCGUUUUAUACGUGCCUGACGUCCAUCGAUGGCCUUUGAUGCUCUCAGAGUCUCUCCGCGAAGUGUUUUCUGCUCUGCUGCAAGAAGUGUCGUUUUCGGAGACAAUUAUGUUGCUCGCAACGUCUGAGAUACCCUUUUUGUCACUUCCCUCCGAUAUUCGUGCUUGGUUUGGUUAUUUGCCGCACUGCAAAAUGGCAUUAUCAUAUGCUAACAUUGAAGACCGGCGAGCAUAUUUCGAAGACGUCGCUAUACAAGCCGCUCGCCCCCCGACGCAGUUCAGCGACACUAUGCCUCGGCGUCUUCGUCAGCUGGAGGAGUUGCCAAAAGCACCGCCACGUCCUCCCCGGCUUCCCACUCAAGCGGAAUUGAAGCAGAUGGCUGAGAAUGAUGCACGAUUGUUAGAGCACCUGAAGUUUCGGCUAGGUUCCGUCUUAGCCGAGCUUCGGAAAAAGUACAAAAAGUUUACGCGCGAUGUUUGGGACGAGUACAAUUUGCGUACGCUAAUGGAACAGUUCGAAUGGUUUAGGAGCAAAGGCAAGAUCACUAUCAAGCUACGGUAUGAUCGGCACUCAUUACCAGCAUCUCCAGACUCAACUGUGGCUGAGAAUGAACCAAGUGAAUCAAAUGAUACAGCGGAGUAUAACAAUGAUGCGUCGCCUCCAUCACAACAGCUGCAUAAUCCCGAUGAAGCUUGUAUCGACUCAGCUGAUGUGCAAACCGCGAUACCAGAUGCUCCUCCAGAAACUGAGCGGCAUUAUAUACCGGUACAAAUGGGUCAAGAUGCUACAGAACAUACUACAACACCACAAGAGAUUCAGCCAACGUCUGGAAAUGUACAAGACAUGCAUGAUGAUGCAGAACGUCUCUAUAUUAUGCGCGACUUUACUAUUUAUACUAUGAAUCUUGACAAAAUGCAAAAGCGUUUAUACCAAAACCAGUACCUGACAUGCGAAGCUUUUAUGGAAGACAUUCAGAAAAUUGUAUCGAAUGCUGAAGUGGCAAGUGAAGUCGACAGGGAUCGUGUAUUCCGUGCGCAACAAAUGGAAAAUCUUGCCAAGAUUCUUCUUGAUCAGAUCGUGGAUCCAACGUUUCGCGCUGAAUGCAAACAAAUGGAAAACCGCGUUCUAGCUAGAGAAGAGGAAUCUCGUCGCGAGGCGGAAAAGCAGAAAGAACAAGAAGUCCAUUCGCGCCGACCUAACGGUCAGAGGUACAGCGCUCGUAUACAAGGAGAAGAACCUCUAGCAGAACACCUCAUUGAUGUGUCAAAAAUUGAGCGUGCGCAUAAGCGUGCUCGUUCAGUGAGUCAUGAUGACAUCCAUGCACCUGAAUGUACUACCAAGGCAUCAAAUGAGCAGCUACCUCAUAACGAAACACAUGACUCGACCUCAAAACGAACUCGGCUUGAAGUUUCUGCGUCAGAGCAAGGCUAUGUAAAUGCAGAUGCAAGCGCUUGUAUGAAUGCGCUCCCAGCAUCUUAUGCUCCAUGCCAGUCACAGGUGCAGCGACAGAAUUCAAUAGCUGUGCUGGACGAGGCAGCCAAGGAAUCGCUCGUUCAUACAUUGGCUACAUGGACGGACGAGUUUUCCGUCGAGCAACUUGAACUGACUCGUGCUGCCUGUUAUGAACGAAUUCUAGCUCAUCGUGCCUCUUGGGACAGAACUUUGCUUGUCAACGAGCUCGAGAAUCUGGUCAAAGAAAUUUAUUCUCAUAUUCGAAGUCAUGAUGCUGAGUGGCAUGUACCUUCUUAG